ACCUCAAGCGAAAACAUGAUGCUUGGCAUGACUCAGGAAGUGGUGAUGAAACAACAAAGGCACAGAAAGCAGAAGUGUGACAGACGCACAGCAGACAGCCACACAGACGCUGACAGACUGGCAUCGAUGAGCAGCAGCAGCAUGACAAGCAACUGCUCGCUGGAAGAGGUGGACCGCCCCAUGAGAUACUUGGAGCUGUCCAUCUACAUCCCCAUCUUCCUCCUCGGCUCGAUCCUCAACGUCGCAGCGCUCCUGGUGUUCUGCGUCUUUCUGCGGAAAUGGACCGAGUCCACCAUCUACAUGACCAGCUUGGCCCUGAUGGACCUGCUCUUCCUCUUUCCGCUCCCCUUCAAAAUGUACGCCGCCAACAACCUCUGGCCCCCCUCCCUCCAGCCGCUCUGUUCGGUCUUGGAAAGCCUGUAUUUCGGGGGAACGUACGGCAGCAUCUACACCAUCGUGUGCAUAGCCGUGGACCGAUGGGUGGCCAUCUGCCACCCGUUCAAAGCCAAGCAACUGCGUUCCCCCGCGGUGGCGCUGGGCAGCUGCGUCGGGGUGUGGGCGCUGGUGCUGGCGGCGGUCUCCUCAACCACCCACCGCUUCAGGGAGACCAAGCAGACGGACUUCCACUGCUUCCACAGGUUCUCGGAGGACGGCUGGAGCCCUCCGUUAAUCAUCUGCCUGCUGGUGUUUGGGUUCCUGGUGCCGGCGUUGGUGGUGGUUUACUGUUCGGCUCGGACCAUCUGGGCGCUGAAGCGGUCGGGCCAGCGCAGCCCGCAGAGCCGCGCCUGCGCGAAGAUCAUCUUCAGCAGCCUGGGCGCCUUCGUGCUUCCUUUCACCCCGAGCCACCUGGGCAUCCUCCUGCAGUUCCUGGUGCAUCAAGGAGUGAUUCAAGACUGCGGCAACAAGACCACGAUCACCGUGUUCUUGCAGACCGCCAUGUGCCUGUCCAACGUCACCUGCUGCCUGGACGCUCUGUGCUACUACUUCAUCGCCCACGAGGUGAGGAGCCCCAAGCUGACCGGCAGGUUGUCGAGGACCAGCCAGAGAAGAGGCACCUUCAGCACUUCGGAGGUCUAACGGCGGAUUAUUCAAGUGGAAAUAGAUGUAUCUGCACUCGGACCGCCGCAGGUCCUGGAUGUGAGCAGGCCAUGGAGACUGAAAAGGACGCGGCGUUGUUUAUGAGGCGGAUUGGAGAGAGUGGCGGGUCUGAGGGGAACCUGGUUUUACCGCAGUGCUCGUCAGGAGGCUUUCUGGUGGUUUUGGUCCGGUAGCUCUCAGAGAGCCGGACUCUGACACAAGUUGCAGGAGAUUGUGAGAUGAGAGGGAGAGAAGUGACAUUCAUGUAUCACAGCUGUACAUUUCCAAUGUAAGGAUAGCCUAUAAUCUUCUGCUUGUAUAGAUUGUUAUAUCAUUAUUUCUUUUCAAUAAGUAGUUUUAAACAUUUAUUUGAAUUCAAUUUUUGAAAAUGUGACUUCAAACUUGUAAUAAUAUUAUUAAAUUGUUACAAGCCAGCUAUUAGUAGCCUGUGUAUUACAGUAAGACUGUUGUGAUUCUAGUGUUUGUGAGGACAUUUGAUUGAUGUGAAAGUCGGAGCCAAACCCAACCUGCAGAACAUUGAGCUGCUGGGUCGGUUAUGGGAUUUAUAGUCGAUAGUUUGUAUUGUAAAAUCCUUUUUGUUUAGGAGUUUUUCAUGUUUAGUUUUACCUGCAUUACUUGCUUCCUCUUUGUGGCAUUUCUAUUUGACUUUUUCUGUAUUCUGUUCAGUUAUGUUUUUAAUUCUGUUUCUGUUUUGUUUUUCUCAAAGAAAAUCGUUUAUACGAAGCCGUGAAGAUUGUUGACGCGAUGUGUUCUUUUUUCAAGGUGGUAAGCUCAGACACGAAGAUCAGAGAGUGGAUGACGUUGUGCGUCGCAAACCACAAACCAUUUUGUGAUUCGUCAAGAUUCUCAACGCUGCAGUUUCACGUUGUAUCGAAAGAUAUCCUCACUUAUGUGGGGCAUGAUUAACAGGAACUAAACGGAUCAGGGCUUUGAGCUUGGUGUUACAUUGUUUCUGCAUCUGUGAUGUUUUAUAUACAUACAUAUAUAUAUACACAUAUGUAUAUGUAUGUAUAUAAAGACUAGAUGCUUUAUUACUAACCACCGACUACAGUUUUUCUUUUCACGUUGUGCAUGAUUUACGAACACUUGCUCAUCAACAUUAAAUACACAAUAAAA